AUGUCUUCUCUCAUCCGCCCAUACCUCGAGCUAGCCAUGGAACAAUUCGAAAUCUACAUGGAACAAUUGCUCAAGCAAAUGCCAGUUAUCUCUACGACCACAUAUGUCCUUACGGUCUUGACCAUAUGUAUACCUCCUAUCCUCCUUUUAACAUUCUACGAGCUCGAACAAUCGCGACAACGUGCCGAAGAACCUAAGGGUUGCAGAAAGCUUGGCUUGAAAAUCGACAGUAAUCUUACAAAUGAAUUCGAUCCCAAAUUCGCCGAAGGACGUCCUCCCAGUACCGAAGAAACAUCGGCAGAAUGGUGGCGAUUGAAGAGCAUGUGGAUUUACCCAGUCAAGAGCUGUAAAGGGGUUGAAUUGGGUAGAGGAACCAUCAUUGCAAGUGGAAUGGAAUAUGAUCGUCAAUUUACCUUUGCUCAACUCCGAAGUCCCUUUCCCGUCGCCGAGAAUGAUCCAGAUAAGAAGAAGGCCGCACACAAAUGGGAGUUCAUCACUCAACGACAAUUUCCAUUGUUGGCAAAAGUUAGAACUGAGAUGUGGAUUCCAGAUCAAAGUGUCGAUACAUAUGCUCCUCACAUUAAUGAUGUCGAGAGUGGAGGAGUUGUAGUCAUGAGCUUCCCAUAUCAACAACCUGGCUGGAGAGGAACGGUCGCAAGUUGGGGAGCCAAAGUCAUGGGAACAGUGCCCGAGAAACAAUUCCGUGUGCCAUUCGAUCCAUCACCAGUACAAAUUGAGAAAGCAGGUUACACUGUUGAGAAAAUGACGAUCUGGAAAGAAACUGUUAAUGCUUUGAAUGUGGAAAUUGAGAUUCCAGAGGAACUCAGAUAUUAUCUCGGUAUCAGUAAUAAGUUGGGUUUGUUCAGAGUUGACAGUGGGAAUCCUAGAGAAGUAUUCAGAAACGCGCCUACAAAGGCGCAACUUGGGUAUCAACCAGUGACUGGAUUUCAAGAUGCUUAUCCUCUCCACCUUAUCAAUCUUGCUAGUAUCCGAGAUGUUGAGAGUAGAAUGCCAAAGGUUAAGGGGGCGCCUCGAUUAUCUGCAGGUCGCUUCCGUGCCAAUUUGAUCAUUACCGGACCACCAGCUUAUCAUGAAGACGAUUGGAGACGAAUUAAGAUUGGUUUCUACGAAUACGAUGUAUCAUGCCGAACAGUCCGAUGCAAAAUGCCCAAUGUGGAUCAAGAGACAGGAGAGAGACAUACAUCCGAACCCGAUAAAACCAUUCGAAGCUUCAGAGCCAUUGACAAAGGAGCCGGCAAGAAUCUCGGUUGUCUGGGUAUGCAAUUGGUACCAACCACAAAAGAAAGCGCUUUAAGAGUCGGAGACGAAAUUACGGUUCUGGAAGUGGGUGAACAUAAUUAUGUCAAAUUGUUUCCAGAGUUGAACAAUUAA